AUGAUGGCGCCGCAGCAGCCCCCGCCCCAUGUCCCCGUGGGCACCGUCCCCUCGUCCGGCGUCCCGGGAAGUCAUGCCCCGGGACGGGUCCCGAAUCUCGUUCCGGACCACCUGAACCUGUUUGUCGCGGGGACGAGCCACACGUCCCAUCCGGGGGCACCCGCGGGCUUCGCUGUACCGCAGCCGCCGCCGCAACAGCAACAGCAACAGCACCACAACCAGCAUCAGUACCAGUAUCCGUACCAGCAGCAGUACCAGUACCAGUACCAGCAGCAACAGCAACAACAGCAACAGCCGUGGCAGCACGAACAGCAGCAAGACGUCGAGAUGGACGACGGCCACCCCUACGGCGGCCAGCCGUUCCAUCACUACUACCAGCAGCAGCAGCAGCUCAGCCGCCAGCGCCGCCGGAGACAGCAGCGCGACCAGCAGCGGCGGCCGUGA